AUGAGCAAGUGCUCUGAUGGUCAAUAUGGAAAAGCUUGUGGUAAAUCAUGUGUGCAACGGAACUGUUUGGAUAGUUCCAGUUCCUGUAAUCACGUGACUGGCGAAUGUGCUGGCGGUUGUAACCGAGGAUAUCGAUCUGUGGAUUGUACCGAGCCUUGUUCUGUUGGAACAUAUGGCUACAACUGUAAUGCGUCAUGUGAUGAUCGACACUGCAGUGGUAAUCAAGACUGUGACAUAUUCUUUGGCAACUGUACUCAGGGAUGUCUGAGUGGCUGGGAAUUGACAGACUGCGUAGUUCGGUGUCGCGAUGGUAGGUACGGACCUGGGUGUAAAUUCAGUUGCAGUGAAAGACACUGUAAAGGAGACAGUACGUCAUGUGAUGCAGAUCAAGGAACGUGUCUUAAUGGUUGUCAACCAGGAUGGAAGAAUCAAAGUUGUUCUGUAGCAUGUGCCACUGGUACAUACGGCCCAGACUGUCGGUUAUCGUGCUCACAGAGACAUUGUCAGGAUGAAGCUGCCAGUUGUGACCAUGUCAGUGGUUCCUGUGGAGGUCCAUGUCAGGGCGACUGGAAGGAAAUAGACUGUACAGGAUGUACAGGGGCAUACGGUCUAGGAUGCAGUUCGUCAUGCAGCGACAGACACUGUAAAGCUGAUGGUGCACCAUGUGAUCACUUGACUGGUUCCUGUGGUGGACCAUGUGAUGCUGGUUGGCAAGGAGAUACGUGCACAGACAUCCACUACCCAUGA